GGUAGCACGUGCUUUAGUUGCUUCCACGAGCUUCGGGAAUUAACAACACUGAAGUACACCUGUAAUAAUAAAUCAUAUUUCUGUUAUUUUGGGAACUUUAGCGACAUGAUAGCGAAUAAAAUCAGUGUUUUAAAAUUAGCUCUUAUUUUCUGCUGUUUAAAUCUACUCCUCUCCCGCUGCUACAGUGAACAGUUUUCUACAGCUGUGACUGUUAGAGAAGACGAUGGCGAUCAGCAGAAGGAGGAUCAUGACUCUGAUCAGACUGAGGAUCCUGAAGAUUUAGAGGUGUUUUAUCCCACAGCAGAAUGGCAAACUCUCAAACCAGGUCAGGCAGUGCCGGCGGGGUCUCACGUCAGGCUGAAUCUUCAGACGGGAGAACGAGAAGUUAAACUGGGAGAAGAGGAGGGGGUUAAACACUGGAAACAAGGAGAGAGGCCAGAAAUGAACAAGCAGUCUGCUUCAUUCUCCACUACGGAACUGAAAGAGGCUCUGAAGAAGUUUAAAGCAGAAAAUGACGACCCGGUAAAGAAGAACACGGAGCAGGCUGAAGAGUCUGGGGGUUCUCAGUUCCGCUCGGUGGACGAGUUGAAGAGAGAAAUGGAAACCAUGAACUUUCUGGUGGAGACGGAUGAGCAGAUCAUGCGUAAACUGCUGGCCCAGUUUAACAGCACCAGCGGAACCGUGGACCAGAGAGUGUCCGCUCUGCUGGAACUGGAGUACCUGGUUCACCAGGUGGAUAAUGCUAAGAAUCUGGUGUCGAUGGGGGGAAUGAAGCUGGUAACUGAUGCUUUAAACAGUACUGAUAUCAGACUUCAGGAGAGCGCAGCGUUCGUACUCGGAUCUGCUGUUUCGAGUAACCCAUCAGUCCAGGUGGAGGCGUUAGAGGGUGGAGCUUUACAGAAACUACUCACAUUACUCACUGCCCCUCACCCAGUACCUGUUAAAAAAAAGGCGCUGUUCGCCGUGGCGUGUUUGCUGCAUCACUUCCCCUUCGCUCAGAGUCACUUUGUGAAGCUGGGGGGGCUGCAGGUCCUGGGGGAGCUGUUUCAGGAACAGGGCUCAGAUUCUCUCAGACUGAGGGUCAUCACUAUGCUCUACGACAUGAUCACCGAGAAGGAGCUGGUCCUGCAGGCGGGUGUGGACGGUGGGGAGAGCUGGUCGGAUCAGUAUCUGCAGCAGUACGCUGAGCUCUCUCUCCAGCCCACGCUGACGGAGCUGGGCUGGUGCCGGCUGGUACCGGAGCUGCUGGUCUCACCGGAUCACGAUCAGCGGGAAAAGGCCCUGCGGACUCUACUGGCCAUGAUGCCCGACUGCCGGCCUCAGUACCAGCAGAACCCGGCCCUGCUGGCGUCUCUCCGGACCCUGCGGGAGGAGUAUAGCGCCCUGUCCCUCUCCGAGCAGAACCAGGGAGAGACGGACGGAUAUUUCGGGGAGAUCUUGGCGCUGUUGGACUCUUUAGUAUUGAAAACACAUUAAAACACACAAAGAGACUUGUUAAUUAUGUAUUAUAUUAUUAUUUAAUGUGCAAUAAAAAAAAAACUUUCUAAGAAAGGUCUGCUAUCAACAUCAUUUUUUUUCUAUUUUUAUUUAUCAGUGUGGUUCAGCUGGAAACUGUAGAUGAACUUGAAGGUACUGAUAUAGAACGAGGAACUCUUCGUGGUUGAUUGUAAAAAAUAAAAUG